AUGCGCCCUCAAAUCGUGAUGCCGGUUGCGUAUUCGGUUGUGCGGCGACUAAGCUCAUUUGUGAGAAGCGUGGAUUUCGCAAUUGACUGGGUACUGCUUGACUCCGGGCAGCCUGUGUACAGGAGUGGCGAUGUGGCGGAUUCAAUUUUCGUCGUUUUAAGUGGACGACUUCGAUCUGUGGAAAAUAAACAAAUUAUUGAGGAAUUCGGGCGGGGCGACGUUUUGGGCAUGAUAGAAGUGCUGCAGCGAGUUCCGCGUUCCACUACUGUGCUUGCAAUCCGCUUCUCGCAAUUAGCUCGCCUUCCUGAAGGCCUGCUGAAUUUUGUCAAGAUGAAAUAUCCUCAGAAUUUGCACACUAUCGCGGUUGUGGCUGCAUCACCCGACGUUCCAUUAGUUGCAUUCACUUGCGAAUUAUUCCAUACACUCAGUGCAAACUUACGUGUUUUGCGAUUAAGCAGCCAAAAAAUCGCCGAGCAGCUGGAUGCCGCUGUACUCGAGAAGUUUUUGUCCGAAGAGGCUUGCGAUGGGUAA